CGAGGUCAAAAUGGCGGCUUGCUGAAUGUGGAGAGGACACACCGGGACCGGGUUUAUGUUUCAAGAACAUGUACAAAACACCAUGUAGUAGACUGACAGGUCUUGUUGGUGCCAGUGUAAACCAGAAAAUAGGACGACAUGCGACUGGAAGUCACCUAAGUGCCCGCAGUUUUAUCCAGCUCUGCAAGAGAGACCCAAGUAAAUGGGUCACGUAUCAACACUUGAACUUCCUAAAGCGUCAUUAUGUAAUAAGAAGCAACAAUGAGCUUAACCAGCGGGCCAUCCCUAAACAGGCAGAUGUCCUGACCAUCAUUGAGGACCGCGAUGACAGCUUGGUCAGACAAAUCCAGCAGGUGCCAACUAUUAAACCUAUGGUCAGUGAGGUGGCACCACAGCCCGAGCGUGGACCUGAGUCUGGGCCUGGAUCUGAGUCUGGGCCUGGGCUUGGUCCUGAGGCUGUGGCUGUAGAGGCUCCAGCGGUGUCCACUGUUCCCUCGGCCCAGCUCGCUUCUUCAGCUCUCCAUCCUGCUGCCGAGGCAGCGGCCUCAGCUGUGUUGUCCGGAGCAGCCGGGGCCUUGUCUGAGGCAGCCGGGGCCUCGUCUGAGGCCCCCCACGUCCAGGUGGAGACCGAAGCGGCCAGGGAGGCCCGCUUGGACAGGCAGUGGAAGGAGCUGAAGGUGGACCUGGCUGAGCUCCCAGAUGUGUAUGCACGACUCGCCAAGAUCAAACUCACAGCACUGGUGGUUGUGACUGCGGCAGCUGGCUAUGCCAUGGCUCCUGUGCCCUUUGACCCUGCCAUGUUCUUCCUCGCAUCUCUCGGGACCGGCCUUGCUUCUUGCACGGCCAACUCAAUCAACCAGUACUUUGAGGUGCCCUUCGACUCCAACAUGAACCGCACCAAGAACCGGCCUCUGGUCAGGGGACAGAUCAGCCCCCUCCACGCCGUGUCCUUCGCCCUGGCCUGCGGCGUCCCGGGCCUCACCCUGCUCACCCUGGCCGUCAACCCCCUGACGGGCCUCCUGGGCGGCCUGAACAUCUUCCUGUACACCUGCUGCUACACGCCCCUGAAGAGGCUGAGCAUCAGCAACACCUGGGUGGGCGCCGUCGUGGGCGCCAUCCCCCCCGUCAUGGGCUGGACGGCCGCCACCGGCGCUCUGGACCCAGGUGCUCUGUUGCUGGGCGGUUUCCUGUACUGCUGGCAGUUCCCUCACUUCAACGCCCUGAGCUGGAACCUCCGGGAGGACUACUCCAGGGGGGGCUACCGCAUGAUGUCCGUUACCCACCCGGGCAUGUGCCGGAGGGUGGCCCUGCGCCACAGCCUGGGCCUGGUCGGCCUGUCCGGCCUGGGCCCCGUCCUGGACGUCACCACCUGGACCUUCCCCCUGGUGUCCCUGCCCAUCAACCUGUACAUCAGCUACCUGGCCUUCCGCUUCUACCGCCAGGGCGACCGCAGCAGCGCCCGCAAGCUGUUCUUCUGCAGCCUGUGGCACCUGCCCAUGCUGCUGCUCCUGGCCCUCACCUGUAAGAAGUCCCGGGCCGCCCAGGAGGGCCCCGCCCUGCCCCCUCUCGCCCUGCAGAGCUAACUGCCCCUCCCCCCCAAGGGCCAUUCACUUCCAUACUCCUGUGAGACUCUGUCGUUUUUGGUUUUCCCGCCGGCCUCAGCCUCCUGGAACUAUUCCCCUUCACACUCCACGGUGUCAGGGCGCGAGCCUGUGCGCGACCUGGGACCCGCGGCACUCGUGAGGUGGAAGCACAGCGACAAAUAUCCAUGCGACAAACCGAAUGCCUGAAUUCCAUCAGGUUUCCGAGGAAUCGAUUCAAUGCGUGUGUACAUAUUAUAUAUUUAUUUAUAUAGGAUCCUCCAUGUCCCUCUUGUAAAUGAGCGCUGGUGAAUGGACUCUGUACAGUGUAUGAUGCUUCACAACAAGGCCCCGGUCAGGAAGGAAGGCCACAGAUAGCAUGGAUGAAAAGACCGCAAACGAGAGAAGCGUAGAAGAGCUAUGAAUAUGUUGUCCGCAUAGCUAAUAAAAAGUCCAUGUCAAGUUCCUGUUGAUUUAACGGUAAUUCUAUUUCUGAAACAAUGCAGCGUUGAAUGAAGAUAAGGAAGGAACCUCACCACUGCUCUGAAUAUUUUCUUGCUUGUAUUUUGAUUGUGGCGAUUGCUCAUGUUUCUGUUACUCGAGUGUACUCUGCACCUCUCACAGUUCAAAUGGUGCUUGCUGCUCUGCUAACCCCCUGGCUAAUCUGUCUGCUAAAUAAUGCCUCAACUCUACACGGUUCACGUCCGCGAGGCGGGGAAAGGAAUCUUGAAAACAUGUCAAAAUCAAAGAAAUAUUCUCUGACAAUAAACACCUCCUAGUUA